AAACCGGUUCCCCGGCCAUUUUGAGUGGCAUGGUCACACUGCCUGGCCUGCUGGCUAAGUGGAACUAGUUCCUGGUUCGGCCUAGGAAAAUUGCAAGAUGUUCGGACUGCUGCGACACCUGUUCAAAUUGCAGUUUCUCUUCGUUGUGGCGGCCGUUUUGGCCGGAUUUUACCACACAGAGAUCCGGCAGUUUCUGCGACGGCACACGGACGACUACCUGAACCAAGGUGGCAUUCCGGUGGCCUUCCAAGCCGAUGACGAAGUCGGCACGCUCUUCACGCCGGCUGAACUGGCGCAAUUCAAUGGCGAGCAGGAGGGUCGUCCGCUCUACCUGGCCCUCCUCGGAUCCGUAUUCGAUGUGAGCCGCGGCAUCAAGCACUACGGAUCCGGCUGCAGCUACAACUUCUUCGUGGGACGCGAUGCCUCGGUGUCCUUCAUUUCCGGCGACUUCGAUAGCUACGAUCCGGAAACGGCCGACGAUGUGCUCACCCUAAAGCCAGAAGAUCUGCUCGGCCUGGUCGGCUGGCGGGACUUCUACGAGAAGGACUACAUCUACAAGGGCCGGCUGAUCGGACGCUUUUACGAUGACCGGGGUCAACGGACCACCUACCACCACAAGUUCCUGGAGCUGCUGCAACAGGCGCAGGACGCCAAGCGGCAGGCGGACGAGCUGCGCGCCCGCUAUCCCGGCUGCAACAUCGAGUGGAGCGAAUCCCAGGGCACCCGCGUCUGGUGCACCAACACCAGCGGCGACGGCAAGGAGCGCUCCUGGAUCGGGCAUCCACGCAAGCUCUACAGCCGCGGCAACAAGAACUUCCAGUGCGCCUGUGUGCCCGCCUCGGAGCUGGACGAGAUCGAUGCCGGCGGCGGCAAUGUGGCCCACGCGGACGCCAUGCUCAAACCGUACGACAAUUGUGAGCCCCGGGCACAGGAGUGCUUCUACAGGGUGUAACAGCUAGCCCUAGAUUUGUAUAUAAUGCAAUUUUAACUAAUAAAAGCGAUAGUCAACAA